UCCUCCUCCCCCGCGGCGGAGGCGCAGCCGGGCGGCAUUAGCUCAUCUCGGCCGCGGCUUGGCGCGGCCUUUUCUUCCCGCUCCCCGCCCCGGGGCCGCUUCCCAGCGCUCACAGGCGGCUCCGCGCUCCGGCAGCCCCCAUGGCCCUUUGCAACGGAGACGCCAAGCAGCUGGAGGGCGCCGGAGCAGAGCUGAAGGAUGGGCAGCAGCACUACGAGGGAGCUGUUGUCAUCCUGGACGCCGGAGCCCAGUACGGGAAGGUGAUCGACCGCCGAGUGCGGGAGCUCUUCGUCCAGUCUGAGAUCUUCCCUUUGGAGACUCCUGCCUUUGCCAUCAGGGAGCAAGGAUUUAGAGCUAUCAUCAUCUCUGGAGGACCAAACUCUGUGUAUGCAGAAGAUGCCCCUUGGUUUGAUCCAGCUAUCUUCACCAUAGGAAAGCCAGUCCUAGGGAUCUGCUAUGGCAUGCAGAUGAUGAACAAAGUCUUUGGAGGCACAGUGCACAAGAAGAGUGUGAGAGAGGAUGGAGUCUUCAGCAUCACUCUGGAUAACUCCUGUUCCCUCUUCAGGGGCCUGCAGAAGGAAGAGCUUGUGCUGCUCACUCAUGGAGACAGUGUGGAUAAAGUAGCAGAUGGGUUCAAAGUGGUUGCACAGUCUGGGAACAUUAUAGCAGGCAUAGCAAACGAAUCCAAAAAGCUGUAUGGGGCACAGUUCCACCCUGAAGUCAGCCUCACAGUGAAUGGGAAGAUGAUCCUGAAGAAUUUUCUGUAUGACAUUGCUGGGUGCAGUGGGACCUUCACAGUGGAAAACAGAGAGCUUCAGUGCAUCCAGGACAUCAAAGAGAAAGUGGGCUCCUCAAAAGUGCUGGUGUUACUCAGUGGUGGUGUGGACUCAACGGUGUGCACUGCUCUGCUGAACAGAGCUUUGAACAGGGAUCAGGUCAUAGCUGUGCACAUCGACAACGGAUUCAUGCGCAAGAGAGAGAGCCAGUCCGUGGAGGAGGCCCUCAAGAAGCUUGGCAUCCAAGUGAAAGUGGUGAACGCAGCUCAUUCGUUCUACAACGGCACAACGACUCUGCCCAUCUCGGAUGAGGACAGGACUCCACGGAAGAGGAUUAGCAAGACCUUGAAUAUGACCACCAGUCCUGAGGAGAAGAGGAAGAUCAUUGGGGACACCUUUGUGAAGAUUGCCAAUGAAGUGAUUGGAGAAAUGAAUCUGAAACCUGAAGAGGUUUUUCUAGCUCAGGGUACCCUCAGACCUGACCUCAUUGAGAGUGCUUCCCUCGUGGCAAGUGGCAAAGCUGAAGUCAUCAAAACUCAUCACAAUGACACGGAGCUGAUUCGGAAGUUGAGAGAGGAGGGUAAAGUCAUAGAACCCCUGAAAGACUUCCACAAGGAUGAAGUGCGAGUGCUGGGCAGAGAGCUUGGCCUUCCCGAGGAGCUGGUUUCCAGGCAUCCCUUCCCAGGGCCUGGCCUGGCCAUCAGAGUGAUCUGUGCUGAAGAGCCUUACGUGUGCAAAGACUUCCCUGAGACAAACAACAUCCUGAAAAUAGUUGCAGAUUUUUCUGCCAGUGUUAAGAAGCCCCAUACUUUGCUGCAGAGGGUCAAAGCCUGUACAACUGAGGAAGACCAAGAGAAGCUGAUGCAGAUCACAAGCCUACAUUCACUGAAUGCCUUCUUGUUACCCAUCAAAACUGUGGGAGUGCAGGGUGACUGUCGUUCCUACAGCUAUGUCUGUGGCAUCUCCAGCAAAGAUGCUCCACACUGGGAGUCUCUCAUGUUUCUGGCCAGGCUCAUUCCACGCAUGUGCCACAACAUCAACAGAGUUGUGUAUGUGUUUGGGCCACCAGUCAAGGAGCCUCCCACAGAUGUCACCCCCACGUUCCUGACCACAGGAGUCCUCAGCACUUUACGGCAAGCUGAUUUUGAGGCUCACAAUAUUCUCAGGGAGUCUGGUUAUGCGGGGCAGAUCAGCCAGAUGCCCAUCAUCCUGACGCCGCUGCACUUCGACCGCGACCCCCUCCAGAAGCAGCCCUCCUGCCAGCGCUCCGUGGUCAUCAGAACCUUCAUCACCAGCGACUUCAUGACUGGCAUUGCAGCAACCCCUGGCAACGAGGUUCCAGAAGAGGUUGUCUUAAAGAUGGUGGCAGAGAUCAAGAAGAUCCCUGGCAUCUCUCGGGUGAUGUAUGACCUGACAUCGAAGCCGCCGGGGACGACGGAGUGGGAGUAGUGCCCUCGCCUUGGUUUGGUUGGCUUUUAAUGCCCAAGUACUGUGUGCAGUCGAGAAUCAUAUCAGAAACCAUUCCCAGUGUUGACAUGCAGUACUGUGAAAGAGUGACUGGAGCUGCUACAUCGCAUCAGAUUCCUCCCCUGGAGCAUCACCCUGCAGUUAAGAGCUGUGCUGGAGCUGGCAGCGAGGUGGGGGCUGAGGAUCCGUACGGGUAAAUAGCGGCGGCAGCGGCGCCGGUGCGCAGACAGAUCCCCACUGCUUUUGCCUUCUGUCUUACCCAUUCUCUUCCCAGUCUUCUUGUAACUUGUCCUUCCAGUGUGUCUCUCUCUCUUUUUGUUUUUGUAUGCUGCAUAAAAGCAAAGCAAAGGAGACAGCUGACUGCCUUCUGCCCCCCUGCAGUCUCGGUGACCAACGGAUUUCCUAUGAAUAAAUAUUUUGCCAAAUCGGAGUAGUGGGUACCUGGUGAGUCCUGCAGCUCCAGCCUGCAGCUCCUGUGUGCUCUGGCCUCUUCCCUGGCCCCUCACCUUGGAGCCCGUGGCAGGGACCUUGGAGCUCCGCAAGAGCAGCGAGCUAAGAGGUUGGGAAGUUCCCUCUGUGUGUGUGUCCCUCUCUGUCCUGGCUCCCUCCCGCAGCGUCUCACUUAGGCACCAGCUCCUCUUUUCCUGCACACCCCCUGCCUGUGUGCUCACAUCGGAUUCCAGACGUGACUUGAUGUCCUCCUGGGGACUGUGCUCAGUGGGGUUGCAGUUGGGAAGCUGUAGCACCAGAGCUGCUGGCUCUGUGAAUCCUCCUCCUGCCCUGGCAGCUCUGCUGCCUCUCUGCUUUCUUACACUUGAGGAGUUUAUUUUCUAGGUGUUUGCUUUUACAAGGGUCUGGGGGAGGGGUGGGUUUUGUAUGCGUUGUGUUAGCUCGAUCUCGACGAUCAGUGUAGUCGUUAGUGUGGGGCCCUGGGGCGGGAGGCCACUCGCCGGCUCUGCCUGGGUCCCUCCUGUCCUCCGUGUGCGGCUGUCCAUGUAGUUAAGCAAUAACGUGGGAGAUGGCUCCUUUGGACACCUCUGCUUGCCUGAUCUCUGGAGGCAAAGCUAUCUCCACCCUCCCCUGAGAGGUUUGAGCCUGUCCUGCUAUUGCUGUCUGUGCAAGUAACAGUUUAGACUCUGCCCUGAGCAGCUUGCUCAGGUCAUGCUUCCACCUCCGCAGCAGAACCCUAAGCCUAUAUCCAAGCUCGGCCCUUAUUUGUCACUUCAGCAGCUGCUUUGCAGCCAGCUGCAGCAUCACCAUUGUCUUGUGGGGUCAAAGAUUUGCUUUGACCUGUGUUCCAUAGCUGUAGCUCCUUCUGUCUCCACUUGGGUAGGUUGGUGAAGGGGACUAAGGGCUGGAGGUGCCUGUUGGAGCUUCUCUUGCUUGCACACAUUGUCCUCUUGCUCUCUCAUUUGCUGCCCACAGGUUAUGGAAAUGCAGUUUCCCUUUCUGCCUCCAGGGAGGGUGGAACUUGUCUGAGGUUCUUCUUUAGCCUGUGUCAUUGAGGGGUCGUUUUUUUGUCUUGGGGGAGGCUCUGCUCUGUGGAACCUUUUGGGGACACAGAAGAGCAGCAGACCAGUGGCCAGAAAACUGCCUCCCCCUCACAGCCCUGCUCCUGGCAGCUUUAGGUACUUGGCCAAACUGAUCUUGAACCAAUAGCUGAGUUGGGUCCUGUGGUAGUUUGAGGGAUCCUAGGUCCCCCUUAAACCUCAAACCACCACAGCUCCUUUCUGAAAGGAGGAGGUGGGGGUAGCAGUUCUCACCCACAUCGACCAUCACCUCCUUGAGCCCUUUGGAUGAGCUCUUUGUGCUGCAAGUGAAGUGUCACCUGUGUAAAACAUCUGUUUUGUCCUAGAUUGUGAGCUAGGGAGAGCUGUUGGGCAGACCCACUGCAAACCAACCUUUGCUGGGGCAGGAUUCUGCUGCCAGCACACAUUUCCUGGGGGCUUCUCUCAGAAGGAAGCUCCCUGGUGAAGUGGUGGCCUCGGAGUACGCAGGAGUUUCGUGUUGGAAUAGAGCUGGUUUCAGUCCUCUGCUGGUACCUCAGGUGCAGAGGGUGUGAUGGCAAGGAGGGAGGCUCUCUGGUGCCAGGGCCAUGGGUGAGGCUCUUUGGUAAGCUGCAGAAGUCCUUCCCAUGCUAGAGCAGUUGUUGCUUACCGUGUGUAGGUUUGUUCCUGCUGCUGCCACCGGCUUGUGUUGCCUUGACAGCCAAGAGGCAACAGAGAAGGAAUGACUCAAGAACAGAAAGCAUCUCCUAAACUCUGGAAUUGGAGACAGUUGGUCUCUGUGUGAAUAAGUCUGCAGAAUAUAGUCCCCACCCUUGUGGUGUAGCUGGCAGGAGGCCUGGUGUGGUGAUGGUGGUGCCCAUGGGGUUGGGGCUUGCAGCAGCUCUUAGAGGUGCAGCGCAGCUCAGCAGAGGUCUUUUUAUUCCCUGUGUGUGGCAUGCUUGGAAGUCCUCGUGGAGGUGCAUCUAGGAGUGAUGUUAGAGGAGGUGCAGAGGACCACAGAAGUGGUCAGAAGGCUGGAGCACCUCUCCUGUGAAGACAGGCUGAGGGAGUUGAGGUUGUUCAGCCUGGAGAAGAGGAGGCUCCAGGGAGACCUUAGAGUAGCCUUCCAGUACCUGAGGGGGCUUCAGGAGAGCUGGGGAGGGACUUUUGACCAAGCAUGGAGUGACAGGAUGAGAUCUGAAGGCUUCAAAGUGGAAGAAGCUUCGUUGAGGUGAGAAGUGGGAGGAAAUUGUUUCUCUGUGAGGAUGCUUGAGGCACUGGCACAGGCUGUCCAGAGGAGCUGUGCAGGCAUCUGGAAAGGCAGAUUGGAUGGGGCUGGUGGGAGCUGUCCCUGCCCAUGGCAGGGGGGUUGGAACUGGAUGGACUCAAGGUCAUUCCCAGCCCACUCUGAUGUCUGCCUGUGUCAUUUAUGUGCUGGUGUUUGAACUUCACUUUCACCAUCCCUCUGUCCCCUGGGUUGCUGCUGUGGCUGUGAGGAGCUGGAGCUUGGCAGCAGUUCCUCUGCUCUCCAGGAACGUGCUUCAGGAUCAUAGAAUGGUUUAGGUUGGAAGGGACCUCAAAGAUCAUCCAGUUCCAACCCCCUGCCGUAGGCAGAGACUCUGGGGGGCUCUUAACCCCAGAGAGUUGAACAUUUGAGGCAUCAACUCUUGCACUACGGUCAGGAGCUCCUGUGGAAAUGAAGUUGCUGAUCUCCAGCUCUCUUCCCCCUGCCAGGCAGCUGUAGAGCUGCUGCCUUGUUCCCAGCUUGGUGUGCAGCUCCUGCCUGUUUGGAUGGAAUCCAUGUGCCUGGGCCAGCCAGGUGUGGAGAGAAACACUCUUGCUCUCUUCCAGAGAUGAUUGAUUAGCACCUAGGCCACCAACUACUGAAGCUGUAGCUGCCCCUGGCCAGUGGAGCCCCUGGACUCUUCAGCAAGUCAUGCCAGGCAGAGGGCUUUGUCUGGGGGGGGCAUUCCCCACCAAGUCUCAGUUUUAAACAUUUUACUUUCUGCUUGUGAAAUGAUCAAGUACUGUGAGCCUUAAUUUUUAUCCACAAAUAAAACUCUUAUGUUUGAACCUCA